GCGGUCUUAUCCCGAAACUCCAAGAACACAUAAUUUUUUUUCUUGGUGGUCUCUCCAAUGGCUUUCUCUGCGACUGUGUCUCAGCUUUCUUCUCUUUCAACCAUCUCCUCUUCAUUACCAAUUUCUUCUAGAAGACUCCCUCAUCGAUCUCUUCCUCAAUUCACAGUCAAAGCAGAAGCAGAGAAAGAGAAACAGAGCACACAGGGCAAGUCUGAUGGGGAAGCAUCACCAGCUGCAACCAAAACCCCUAAAACCCUCCCCAAGAAACCGGUUUACUCGAUGAAGAAGGGCCAAAUCGUUCGUGUGGAAAAAGAGAAGUACCUCAACAGCAUCAAUUACUUAUCAGUUGGACAUCCUCCUUUCUACAAAGGACUUGAUUACAUAUACGAAGAUCGCGGCGAGGUCUUGGACCUUCGUGUCUUUGAGACAGGAGAGUAUGCACUUGUUGGAUGGGUUGGUAUCCCCACCGCACCAGCUUGGCUCCCAACAGAUAUGCUCAUCAAGUGUGAGAAACUUGUUUACGAGCGAAUGUAGAGUCAAGAAGGUUCCAAGAAGAAUCCUUUGGAAUGCAACUGAUAUACCAAGGAUUGUGUUAAGCUGAGAUGAACGAUAACAAUGGCGCACCAUCAUGAUCAUGUGUUCAAGAGUUUGACAAAGUAUCAACGUUACAAUUAGUUACAAAAACUGUUGUGGAGUGUGGAAUAUGUCAUCAGACUCCUAUAAUAAGAAUGCAGCUUCAGUAAACGGAUGAUGGUAAUUUUAUCUCAUCGAUCUCCCAACAUAAACUCAUUUCUCACAGCUUCAUAAAAUUUCCUCUG